AUGUCGUCGCACUCAUCGACUUCGGCGAGCCAGACUAUUGCACGCCGCCGUGUUUUUAAAGAAGACGUUCCUCCUCGUCCAUCUUCUGGAUCAUCCCUCUCAUCCUCUCGUGUGGCCAAUUCACCGAGCUCGCUAAAGCGCUAUUCUACGGAGUGGGAUUGUCCCAGUCCAGCCAAGAUCAAGCCAAACAGGCGCUCCAGUCUUGCGCGUGCGCCGCCACUCGGCUCACUGUUGGAUGUGAGCAUCGACGAAGAAGAUGACGAGAAUGAAGAGGUCGAAGUUGAAGGACGCAGCCUACUUCCACCAGCGGUCUCGCGCGCGCCACAGGCGUCGGAUGCCAAAAACUUGAGGUGGCUUGCACCAACUUCCGUUUUGAAGGAGUCUGAUGGGCCUCUGCGCCCCUCACUCGGUUCCGUGACGGUGCAGCGCCAACGUACUCGUGCGUCGCCGCCCUCUCCGCUGCGGCAGCUCGCGUCGUUCACGAACGAAGACCGGAAGCGGGUUCCUAGCUCCUCCACUCGAGAUGCGUAUCGCUCGAGAAGACGUGCAGGGGGCUCGUUCAGCGCCGUGUUUUCAAAACUGCAGGACAGGGAAGGUGGCGAGCAUGGAGCGGUUGAAGACAAGUCAGCGUAG